UAAUAAAUCUGUAACAGCAGAAUAAGAAUUUUUUUUUUUUUUCGGCUUCCUUGCAUACGAAAUUAAUUAAUUACUACUAAAACAAAAUGCCAGUUGUGUUAGUAUUGGCUGAGAAACUUCAUGAUGAGUUGCAAAUAAAAGAUGUAUCUGAAUUAGAAAGUUUUUGCUUUAAUUAUGGACUUGAAUAUGAUGGAAAAGAGUGGAAUGAUGAAGGGGAAGCGUGUUAUCGUAUUGAAGUUCCGUCGAAUCGAGUGGAUUUAUUAUGUGGGGAAGGAAUUUGCCAAGCGUUGAAUGUGUUUUUAAAGGAAAUUGAGCCACCCACGUUUUUCCUGCAACCGAGUUCUAUUUCCGCAAUAACCCGAAUCGAUGUGAAACCAUUAGUUUCUAAAAUACGUCCUUUUAUUUUUGGAGCGAUUCUUCGUGAUAUUCAGUUUACAAAACGCAAUUUUAAGUCGUUUAUAGAUCUUCAAGAAAAAUUACAUCAAACUAUCGCUCGUAAAAGACAAUUGGUUGCUAUCGGAACGCAUGACUUGGAUACAGUUGUGGGACCAUUUGUGUAUGAAGCACAAGCACCUAACGACAUUCAGUUUGUUCCUCUUUAUGAAUCAAAGCCAUUAAAUGGCCCUGAAAUUAUGGAAACUUUAUCGACACACGCUCAACUGAAAACUUAUCUACCUCUGAUAAUUGAUUCACCUGUUUAUCCUGUUAUUCGAGAUGCGAACGGCACGGUGCUAUCUUUGCCUCCCAUCAUUAACAGCAAGCAUUCCAAAAUAACAAUUACUACGCGUAAUGUUUUUAUUGAAGUCACAGCACUUGAUGCUUUCAAGGGUUCCACAGUUUUAAAUACGUUACUAACAGCAUUUUCUGAAUAUUGUUCUACACCAUUCAGUAUAGAGCCCGUUCAAGUCUGUUACGAUGAAAAUCAUUCUUUAUUACCGAACAAAAAAUUUGUUAAUCCAAUUUUUAAAACGAACGUUAUAGAGACGACAACCGACUAUAUCAAAGAGAUCACUGGUAUUCCGAAUCUCACAGCCAUUUCCAUAUGCAAUCUUUUAAAGAAAAUGAUGAUUAAAGCACAACCAAUAGAAAAUGAAAAAAUAAAGGCAAUUAUUCCGGUGACAAGAUCUGAUAUUUUACACCCUUGUGAUUUAGCUGAAGAUGUUGCUAUCGCAUAUGGUUUUAACAAUAUUUCUCAGCAUUCAUACACCUGCGUUUCGGAUUUGCCUAUAACACAUUUGUCAAAACGCCUUCGUGAUGAAUUUACACAAUGUGGAUAUCAUGAAUGUUUAACUUGGGGACUGUGUUCCAUUAAAGAAGCUUCCACGAAUUUCGGAGCUGUUUUAAGCGAAGAAUGUUCUCUCGAAUCUUCAACUCAGCACUAUCUUCCUUGGGGUUCUCCUAUACUUGUUUCAAAUCCUAAAACAAAAGAAUUUGAAAUGGUUCGUGUUUCGUUAAUUCCAAGCUUACUGAAAAGCCUUGCCGCGAAUUCCUCACAUGAACUACCUAUUAAAUUAUUUGAAAUCGGUGACUGUGUUACUCGUGAUGCGACAUCAGUGACUGGUGGCAGAUUGCGACGUUAUUGUGCUGCAUUGAUUGCGAAUAAUUCGGGAUCUGGUUUAGAAUCUCUUCAUGGUCUUUUAGAUCAUUUAUUAGAAUCUUUAGGUUUAACAGCGGAAUAUGAGGAAUAUCAAUUAGCAAGUCAUUGUAGUGUUACAAGAUUUAAAAUAAAUCCUAAGAAAAUUUAUAGUCUUUCACCUACUAACGAGAAAGACAAAUCUUUUUUGCCACGUCGGCGAGUGGAAAUUAUGGUUCAGCCAGAAAACGUUUGUAUAGGCCGUAUGGGUGUCGUUCAUCCUUCGACAUUAAAAGCUUUUGGGAUUAAUAUACCUUGUUCUGUUUUUGAAUUUUCAUUGGAUCCCUUUUUGAAAUGGCUUACGAAAGCUGAAAUCGACUCAAUCUAAAAAAUCUCUGCCGAUGUUUUUAUAUAUUUAAAUAAACUUAAAUGAAUGAAUUUAAAUUUGGUUAUUUUUCAUGAAAACAAAAUUUCUUCUCAGUCGAACCUUUAGCGCACGCGACUACACAAUGAAACAGUAGUACACUUUGUCGCUCGACAAAAGCAAUAAUUUUUCUUAUCUGUCAAAUACCAAAAUAUUUUCUUAAAUUAUUUAUAAAUAUUUUUUUCUACUAAAGUUACCCCAUAAUCUGCUAGAAAAAAACACUAUCAUCGAUCUUUUUUUCAAAUUAAUCUAUAAUGGUGUUUAACGUUUUCACGUUGGUUGUUUCUAUCGCCUAUACUUUCUUUUUUUUUAUUCAAGCAAGUCAAGCUUUACCACCUAUUCUAGAAGCUAACAUAAAUCCCGAAACGUUAACGAUCAAGUUAACAGCUCCAUCCGAUGAAUUUCUUACUUUGUUAGAGAAAUCCUACGCUCUUCCUCUAGAAGAAGCUUUUUCAUCCGUUAUAUCAGACGCUAAAAAACUAAGCGUCACUUCAAUUCUGGGCGUGUCAGCUGAUACAAUGGCUAAAGCUGUGUUAGUAUCACCUUCCAUAGAUGGACAAAAUAAUUAUUUUCUAGCAGGGCCUCUAGCUGUAACUAAGUCAGCUUUAGAUCGUUUGUUUUCCGACGAAAGAGAUGCAUUUAUUCAAAUUAUUUUACCUCAACCUACAAGUUUUUCUCAACAGCAUCAUAACGAAAACCAUGAAAAUUUGAAUAUAACAACAAGAAGAGAUAGUUUAAAUUCACUUGAUUUGAAUGAAGAAAAUUUAUCUCAGUUAAAUGAUACAUCAACGCCCAAUACAAUAUAUGAGCCCAACUCUGUAACUCAUGAAGAAGCUGUGGAAAAUUUUUUACUAAAAUUUUUAAAAGUUGACUUGUCUGAAGAAAACAUUUAUAUUCCGGAAUCUGUUCGAAAAACAUUACAAGGAUCACAACAAGUCAUUGUGAAUCCAACCGCGUAUCUUCAUCUACCUGAGAAAACGUCAGACACUUCAGAUGCAUCUUUCACUAUAACAUCUGCAUCUCCUAUAAGUAUAAUUUUUGGUUUAUUAAACCGUAAUACAAUCGAAACAAGUUAAUCAAGUUUUUUAAGCCUCAUGAUCCCUACUACAGAUCAAACAGUGCAUAACUUUUUUUUCUUUAUAAAAGUGUUAUAAUUUCUUUUUAUUUUUUUAAAAAUAUAAGUCUCAUCUAUGGUUAUAAAUUGUUUAUAAACAAAAAGUAGCUGUAAAUAAAAUAAUUAAAAAAACAGUAAAGAAUAGGAGAGUCUA